AUGCACACAGACCGGACGGUCGACUUCCCGGAAGAGGCGCGGAGGACGAACGCUGCGGCGCUGUCUGAGCUGAACGCGUACAUCGAUCGCCUGGAACACUUGCUCACGUCUCUGCCUCUCUCGUCCUCGCCGCUUCCUUCCUCUCCCCUCGACAACCCGUUUCUCGCGAAGAAACUGACGUUUUUCGUUCCAUACAAGACGGUGACUGGUCGCGUCCUCGACGGUCGCGUUCGUCCGGUGUACAUACACCUCCACUCGAUUGGUCUCCACCCAUCUCGAAGCGAAAUCGAAAACCUUACGGAGAACUUGUGCUGCUCUCUGGUCGAGGCUGUGGAGGCUCCAGGCGGCAAAUUCGGCAGCUUCCAGAGCAAUCCGUUCUUCGCCAGCGCAGGACCGAACGCCGAGAAGCCCGAGGAAGCGACGCCGGAGCGCCUGCUCACGUCGAAGCACGCCAGCCGAGAUCGCCUGCAAGCUCUGUGGGACGCACAGACCGAGGAGGUGAUGUUCAAGGCUGCCCUCUACCAACCAGACGAAAAACUCACGCGGCGCAUGCAUUUGAUGAAUAGAGAGUUCCGUCGCCAAGAGUCUGCUCUUACUCGGCGCGCUCUGCGCAUCAAGGUCCGCGAUAAAUUUGGUCCCGAUCCGCCAGAGCCUCCUCCGGAGCUCGCAGAACACCUCCGGCGCGUGGCCGUGGCUGAGGCGGGCAGCCAUCCUGACUUUGUGUUUUUUGUCCCUUCUCUCUCUUCAGCACAAAAAGAGGAAGCAAUUCGGCGUUUAUGUGGACGCCACCUGGAGAAGGAAUCCCACAGCUGGCUGCUUCACAAUCUGCUGAAGGAGCUUCGACAACCCCCCACUCCGAUUCCGCUCAUUAUCGGGAUGGAGUUCAACGCUUGUGCCGAGCGAGGAUUGUUUGUGAUCCCUUUCGACUUCGACGUAUGGCAGCUCGCCGACUUCCUCGAAGAAAACCUCGACUCUGUCCGUGAGGGAAGACGAAAGUUGCUCGAGGAGCUAAAGGACGUAUACAGAUGA